UAAAAAUCCGUCGCCAUAACAGCGACGGUAUUAUUUCGUCACGACGAUUUAUUUCGCCGUGAUAAUUUCAUCGAUAAAUCGGUGGAAAUCGGUCAAGUGACAGGCAAAAUAAUUCCCUGGGAGGUGGUGUUGACUUCCCAAGAUAAUAAACGGAUUAAUCCGUCUCCAUCCCCUGAGGUAUCGAGCCAGCUGGAGAUUUUCUUUUGACGUGCCCUUGUUCUUCAUUUUAAUCGACUCGUGGAAAAGUCGAAUUGUUUAAACAAAAUCAACAUUCAAACAUGGCUUAUUGAAAAAAUGAAGGGUCACCGGAUAUUCACUGUUUCUCCAUACGGAGGAGAGCUCAUCUCUUUUUACGGUAACUGGGAAUUUUUGGCGUUGGAUUUUGGGCUUGGGGUUUGUCCUUGCGAUGGACAAAAAAUCGAAAUCACAUCAUGGACAGCAGAGCGCCAAUAAGAGCGCCACUGCUGAGUCUAAAAAAAAUCAAGAUGUCGUCAAUGGUAAAGCUUUUCCGAAGGCACCACGUAGGCGUGAGUCACCUGGGGCCAAUGGCUACUCCAAGAUCGAACAAUCUCGUAAAUCCAGUCAUCAGAAGGCGCGAAAUUUUGAUAAGAGACCCAAACCUAAAGGACAAUAUUAUGGCGGUGCAAAGGAGGAUCCCAAGGUAGUGGAUGAGGAAGUAGCCGAGUAUGGCUCGGUGAUGGCUCCAGGAAGUAAAAAGCAGAAUUUGAAUCAUCUGUUGAAUUUCCAUUACGAACCCCGAGACAGGAUGAAUAUUAAUUCUAGUGGAUGGAACAGUUAUGGGAGAUCUACCAACAAUCGUUGGCUGCCACCAGUCCAACGACACAAAUACAACAAAGAAUUAUUUCUGCAGGCGAAUUGUCAAUUCGUCGUAACGAGCGAUGGAGAUUACUCGAUGCACCUGAUCGACCCUGACACCCUAGUGGAUUGGAAAAUGAUCGAGCAGAUAAAAAUCCACACCUCGGAGAGUCUCUCCUGUCCGAUCUGUCUGUCUCCACCAGUCGCUGGGAAGAUGACACGAUGUGGUCACGUCUACUGCUGGCCCUGCAUUCUGCAUUAUCUCUCACUAUCAGACAAGAAUUGGAGGAAGUGUCCGAUCUGCUACGAGUCGAUUCACAAAUCAGACCUGAAGAGUGUCACAGAGAUCACCCAGCAGCCCCUGAACAUCGGAGACACCGUGAAACUCCGUCUGAUGCGUCGUAGGAAGGGAUCUCUCUUGGCAGUUCCCGUCGAGGAGUCAAAUCGAGAUCCUGACGACUUCUUCACAAUCUCGGAUCAUGAGUCCACCCAGAUCUACUCGAAACUCCUGAAGGCAGACGGUCGACAUGUCGUUGGAAUCAUUGAUGACGAGAGGAAUCAACUGAAGCUAGAAUUGAUGGAGGACCCUCAGUCCCCAGAGAAUUGUUUUAUAGAGCAGGCACUUGCUGAAUUGUCUGAUAGAGAGGAAAUAAUUCUGAAGGCUAUUGGAAAGGAUGAGGAGAGCCCAGGGAGCAGAGAGGAUAAUCCUGAGGUGAAUGACGGGAUUCGGGAGACCUCAGGACAGCAGAACUCCAAGGACUCCAAGGACUCCAAGUUCUUCUAUUUUUAUCAGGCUGAAGAUGGACAACACGUCUACCUCCACGCGAUGAACGUGAAGAUGCUGGAGGUGCAGUAUGGCGACCUGGAGCACUCACCUCGUCUUCUGACAGGAAAAAUCUUGGAGAAGGAAGGGGGAAGCUUCACUGAGGAUCUCAGGAAGAGAAUGAGAUAUCUGUGUCAUCUACCCCUCACCUGCUCCUUCGAGAUCGCUGAGAUCGAGCUGAUGGCACCUGUUGUGUCGCCUGAUGUUCUUGACUACUUCAAGGAGCAGCUCGAGGUCAGAGAGAGACGCAGACGUCGACGGGAACGCGACGAGAAGAAACGAGAGAAGAAGAUAACUGCUGAGGAGAACAAAAAAUUGGGAAAAUAUCCGACACCCAAGGUUCACAUCGAGUCUCACAGGCAUUUCCCUGGGUGGCAGACCGAAUUACCAUCCUCUAGCGCUGCAGUUCCAACUCCUCCAGAAUCAAUUCCAUCAUCGAGUCUAGCCAGUAGUCCAUCUCACAGUACCCUGGGUGAUCCAGCUCCUCUCCUGGACUCCACGUGGACGACGUCCCCGAGUGAUCAGGGCCCUUCCUUCGCCCAGAUGCUGCGCAGUGAAAACUCCAAGAGCACGAUGUGGUCAUCGAUGAGCCCAUCCCUGCCUUCCAACAAAUCCAAUUGCCAGAAUGAUGAUCAUCCCCAGGCACCGAGUCACAGCCAGAGCUUCGGUGAUGUUCUCGCUCUAGCCCUCGAGGCGUCAACCAUCCAUGAGGAACCAAUCAGGGGAAAAUCCAAGAGAAACAAGAAAAGGGGAAAGGCCACUCUCCUUUAUGCAAGUGGCAUGGCGAGAUCUUCAUGAAUUUAUUUAUUUAUCAGAAUGCUUUAUUUUUGGAUAAUCAAGGACAGGAUGAGGAAGAGGAAUUCUCUUCAAUAAUUAAUUAAUUAUUAUUCGUAUAAUUUUCAAUCAAAAAAGCUCUUUCUCCAAAAAUCAGUGUUUUUAAUUAAUUAAUUAAUUAAUUAAUAGAUGAACUCAUUCUGUCGAUCAUUAUUUGUUAUUAAAUAGACCAUUGGCGACAGUUUCUAGAUUCCAAUUUUGUGUAAUCAUCGAGGAUAAAAAUAGGAAUGACUAAUCCACGUUGUGUUAUCGAUAAAUCGAAUGUAUGAUGAUAUUCUCUGAAUAAAUAAAUAAAAAAGGA